AUUUACUACAUUAUUUUUUUCACCCGAGCGUUGUUUUAUUGAAAUUUUCAAUUCAUCAAUUAUAGUUAAUUUUUGCAUUAAAUUAAAAAUUGAAAGAAAGUUACCAUGGCAGAUUCAGAUGAAGGAGAGAAGACCAUUGCCCAGGAUAUUGUUGUCACAAAAUAUAAAAUGGCUGGCGAAAUGGUCAAUCGUGUUUUGAAAGCAUUGAUUGCUAAGUGUAAGGCUGAUGAAAGUGUCCUUACGAUCUGUGAACUUGGUGAUAAACUUCUCACCGAAGAAACUGGCAAAGUUUUCAAAAAAGAAAAGGAGAUCAAGAAGGGAAUAGCCUUUCCUACCUGUGUAUCUGUUAAUAACUGUAUCUGCCAUUUUUCACCGCUUAGAAGUGAUCCUGAAAUCAAAUUAAAAGAUGGGGAUGUUGUUAAAAUAGAUUUAGGAGCCUACAUUGACGGGUUCAUCGCAGUUGCCGCUCAUACUUUAGUUGUUGGAGCUUCGAAAGAAAAUAAAGUUACUGGUCGAAAAGCUGAUGUAAUUCUUGCGGCUCACUAUGCUGCUGAAGUUGCACUAAGAUUGGUCAAACCCGGAGGUGAAAAUUAUGCAGUCACCGAUGCUAUCCAAAAAGUUGCAGAAACAUACAACUGUAAACCCGUUUCUGGAAUGUUGUCGCACCAAUUGAAACAAUUCAGAAUUGAUGGAGAAAAAUCUAUUAUUCAAAAUCCAACUGAAGCUCAGAGAAAAGAGCAUGAAAAGUGUGAAUUUGAAUUGCAUGAAGUUUACGCAGUAGAUAUUCUAAUUUCUACAGGUGAAGGAAAAGGACGAGAAUUGGAUGCUAAAGUUACUGUCUACAAAAAGACUGAUGAGAUCUAUCAAUUAAAAAUGAAAGCAUCUAGAACUUUCUUUAGUGAGAUCGAAAAGAAAUUCGGAAAUAUGCCUUUUACCAUGAGAGCUUUGGAAGAUGAGAAGAAAGCUCGCAUGGGCGCUGUAGAAUGUGCUAAUCAUAAGUUAAUUGAAGCUUUCAAUGUCUUGUAUGAAAAAGAAGGCGAAUUUGUUGCCCAAUUCAAAUUCACUGUUCUUUUGAUGCCCUCAGGAUCCCAUAAAAUUACCGGCCUUCCAUUUGAUUUAGAUUUAUUUGAAUCUGAAUUUAAAAUAGAGGAUCAAAGUAUUAAAAGUUUGCUAGAAAAAGGAACAAAAGUUGCUAAAAAGAAGAAAAAGCCAGGAAAAUCAGAACCCACACCUGGAGGAGAUACCGCUGAUGAUAAUACUCCAGCAGCAGAAGAUUGAUCAUCAUGGUAACCUUCGAAUCUGCAAAUGUACAUCUUUCGUCAGCUGUUUACAUUCUAAUAUGUAAACGGACAACAACAUUAAACGAUUGAAUGGCAUUCUUCAAUAAAAAGAACAUUUUGUUUAAAAAAA